AUGGCUCCAACCGCCGUCCAAUUGCCGCUUGAGCAGCCCGGUUAUACCGCGACAUACCACAACCCCUCGCCCAAGGUCUUCCCCGACGGUGUCAAGACUGCCGGCCAGUUUGAUCCUCUCUACAACCAGCUUGCUCCCUACUCGGCCUUCCCCAAGCAAAUCACUGGCCCCACGGUAUGGCAGGCUGAGGAAUACAAGCACAACCCCGAACGCUGGACACACCCCUUCAGCAGCGACGAGAUUGCUGAGAUCAGCAAGGCUGCCGACGACUUCAUCGCCUCGUCCACUCCAUUGACUGGCAUCACCAAGGAGAAGUUCCCCUUGCCUUCUGCCACCGGCCGUCUGCUGCACUCGCUGCGUCACGAGCUGCUGAACGGCAAAGGCUUCAUUCUCUUCAAGGGCUUCCCCGUCCAACAAUGGGGCCUGCACAAGUCGGCUGUUGCCUACAUGGGUCUGGGCACCUACCUCGGUUAUUUUGUCAGCCAGAACAGCCGUGGUCACGUCUUGGGCCACGUCAAGGACGUCGGCGAGGAUUCUACCCAGAUUGACAAGGUCCGCAUCUACCGCACCAACGCCCGUCAGUACUUCCACGCCGAUGACAGCGACAUUGUCGGCCUGCUCUGUAUCGCUCGUGCCCUCGAGGGCGGCGAGUCUGACCUCGUCUCGAGUCACGCCGUGUGGAACGCUCUGCAGAAGGAGAACCCUGAUGUGGCCGAGCUGCUCACCCAACCCAUCUGGUACUUUGACCGUAAGGGCGAGAAGUCGGCCGGUCAGCAGGACUGGAUCCGCACAUCCGUCUUCUACCUCGAGCCCAAGCCCGACGGCCGUGUCUAUUCCAAGUGGGAUCCCUACUACGUCAAGUCUCUUACCCGUUUCAGCGAUGCCGGUGUCAUCCCGGCUCUCUCGGCUGAACAACUUCGCGCCGCUCAGAUCCUCGAAGACACCUGCGUGCGUCUUUCCCUCCACAUGAUCCUCGAGAUUGGCGACAUCCAAUUCUUGAGCAACGAACACGUCCUCCACGCUCGCACAGCCUACAAGGACCACGCUCCUCCAUUGCCCAGACGCCAUCUUAUGAGACUCUGGCUCGCUACUCCGGAUACCGAGGGUGGCUGGACCUUGCCCUUCGAGGACAGCUCUCACAGAAAGCGUGGUGGCAUCCAAGUCAACGACAACCCUCCUGUCGCUCCCCUCGAUGCCGAGUAA